AUCACGAAGCUUCCAAGCAGCGAACAGCUCCCCCAGAGCGCCAAUUCCACUCCGUCGACGCCGGGAUCUCGUCAGAGGAGGAACAUACUCUGAAAUCUCUGAGAAGUUCCCGAUAAAACACUCUCCGGAACCAGAAAACCCCCGGGCUCUCGAGCGAUUUCCAAUCGAGUCACGAGCAACGACACAACAACCACACACAACCCAUCAAGAUGGUCAGCAGAGUUCUCUUUUGGGCCGGCUUCGGCAUCGUCGUCCGCUUCUGGCAGCUCGGCAUCGAGAUGCGUCCCUUCUUCAACAAGGGCUCUCUCUGGGCGUACCCGGUUUUCGGCGGCGUCGGCGCGAGCUUCGGGUACUGGCUGCAGGGCGUGGAUGAGCGGCAGACCAAGAUGCUCGAGGAGCGGAAGCAGGCCAUCCUGGAGAAGCGGGCGCGGAGGGCGGAGCGGGCAGCCAAGGCCGCGGCGGCCGCGCCGAGCGAGGCCGCUGCGUGAAUCAAUCAAGGAUGUGGGUUGUCAUGCUGGAGUUUGACGCAGAAGAAACAGAUGCCGGGAGAAAGGGGGGAGACGAAACGGGAUGCUGCUGGAGGGUUGUAAAAAGAGAGUGUGUGAGAGAGUGAGAGAGAGAGACAGGCCUAACGGACUGCGACCCUGGCCCUUUCGGCAAGGAUCGAAAAGCAGCGAGCAAGCUAUUCCUCGCGAGCCAGAUUCGAAUGUACAAAGAUUAUUUCUUUUUGAUUCCUCAGAUAGCCCGUCCCGGCGCUCGACGGGCCCCAAAGCCGCAAAAGCAGCGCGGGCCGACAGAUAUCUGGGCGUCGAGGUCCCCCCGGCCUGGCUUCAACUAC